UCAAAGCGUAUCACUGAUGAACAUGUUUACAUCAACUGUCUUCGUAAUUAAUUACAGUCUAAUUGCUUAUGUUUACAGCACAAGUCGGAUGUGCUAUGUUAUGAGAUUGCCCGGGUUUGAAGACAAGCGAGUGACUGACCAUGUGAUGUGGACGGAACAGAACAUGACCAGCCGGUUGAAGUGUGCUGCCAGAUGUAACCAGCAUGACCUGGCCGAGAUGUGUGGCUACAACCAAAACACAGGAGUCUGUGUAGCCUACAAUGCCACGUUCACAGACCCGUCAAGCGUCAUCUAUUAUGACGACAGUGGAUACAGAAUGUACUCUCUCUGCCCAGGCGGUCCAGCGUUGGGUACUUGCAAGACAUCUGCUGACUGCCUGGUGGCCAACACCUUCUGUAUGGAGGGAGAGUGUGUCUGUGACAUGAUGUUCGUCUUCUCUCAUGCUCAAGGUGGAUGCAUUCAAAACUGCUCUCACUACGGUACAACGUUCACCAGGUAUGUGGGGUAUAUCUUACGUGAGCAUAACGAUAUUAAGGUGGAAUCCAUCCCGGAGAAAGACUGCCAAGCGGCUUGCAUCAGUGAGACAAGCAUACUGUGUAAGACCGUUGACUACAAUCCAACAUCAAACAAUUGCUUCCUGAGUUCAACAGGAUGGAGUGACGCCCCGGCCACAUCAAGGGCUGCUGACGCGAAAUAUAACAUGCACAUCCGACAUUGUGAUGUUUGAAUACAUUUAAAAUGGAAAUCAGGACGUAAGUGGUUAUUGUCAAACAAUGAAUAUAAAAGCCGCCGUUAUUAUAUGUCGGUUGGGCGUGUUACAUUUCAAGCUUCAAACAUCUUCGUCCAUAAACUGUUGCUUUGUGUUGUUGUAAUAUGGUAUAACUUAUUUUGUGAUGUACAAAAUAAAAUGUCAACGCAAGGGAAUAAGCAGUCUCGAUUAUUAAACGAAAGAGAUUCCAUUUGGCGUAAAAGGAAAGAUGGUAAAAAUAAUCGUUAAGUGAAUGGAUAACAGAACAUCCGUGAUGACACCACAUGUUCGCAAAAAGGGUAAGAAUGUACGGUGGCCCAUAAGGGACAUGGAGUCUGUUUUUCAAUAUUUUGAUGUUUCACUUACUUUUAU